UAGUAUAUGGUAAUUUAUUGCCAGUAUUGUGCUAUGCUAAUAAUAUCAUAUUGUGUGUAAAUUUAAUUUGUAAGCCGCUCUGAGUCCCCUUCGGGGUGAGAAGGGCGGGAUAUAAAUGUAUUAAAUAAAUAGUAAUAAAUAAAUAAAUAAUGGGAGGAAACACAAAAUGACAUAUUCAUGUAAUAAAGAGAAUCCAGUGUGUACCAUAUGCUUCCUUUUCUCAGAAAUUGUUCAACAUUGUCCAGAGAUUUGAACUCUAACUAUUGCUAGAAUUAAUUUUAAAACAUUUGGAUUGUUUGUGCUCUCUCUCUCUCUCCUCUCUCUCUCUCUCUCUUGAAAUAAAAUUCCUUCGGAUAACAUGUCCACCAUGUUGGAGAUAGCAAAAAGGAAUCAGGAAAUAGAUGAAAUCCUGGCAAAACUGGACCAGUUGAUGCCCCAUGUUACUUUUAGUGAUUUCAAUAAGACCACCAGUGCCAAGAACAGCAAAAUCACCAUUUUGAACCCAAAAGACACUUACUGCGUUGGAGACCACUUGAUGUUGCAUCUGGAAUUGUACGAUCACUCAGGAAAUAGGAAGAACUAUGGAGGAGACUUCUUGAAAGCAAGGAUUUAUUCCUCGAACCUCAAGGCCGGAGCGUCUGGGAAUAUCAAAGACUUUGGGAUUGGGACGUACCUGGUCAAUUUCACCUUAUUUUGGGAAGGAGACGUCAGAGUCUCCAUCUUGCUCGUCCACCCCAGUGAAGGCGUUUCUGCUCUCUGGGCAGCGAGGAAGAAAGGCUAUGACAAAAUUGGUUUCAAGGGCAAGUUUCUGAAUGGAACAUCUGAACCCACCGCUGAAUGUGGAUUUCACCUGAACAGAAAAGCAGAACUGUGCGAGUAUCUCGAUGAGCGGGACCAAGAAGCCUUCUACUGCCUCAAACCAAAGCAUGUGUCAUGUGAUGCUAUAGUUCGCCUAGAACCCUACUACAAUCCUGUUUCAUAUCUCUCAGCCUUGGAACAGAGUCUUUUGAAGAGGUCUAAUCUUGGAGUUGAGAUUCCUCAUGCAAUAAAGGAAAUUCGUGUGGCACAAUGCAACCAGACCAAGGCAAGUGAGAAAUGUAAGUUUGGGGUGAGCUCCCCAUCUCCCAGUGGCUUCGUGUGGCAAAACCAGUGGUAUCCUCUCUUCUGCAACAUGUCCCCUUUCAACACUUCGAAGCAGAUUGAGACGUGCUUAAAAGGCAAGCUGGUCUAUUUCAUAGGAGACUCGACUAUGCGCCAGUGGUUGGAGAACUUCAAAAUCAAAGUGCCCAGCCUUGUCUAUCUCGAUAUCCACAUAACUGGAAGGCAACUGAAAUUCAUUGCUGUCGACACUGCCAAAAACAUUCAGAUUCAGUGGAAAAAACAUGGACACCCGUACAUCGGCUUCAGUGAGUACACCAUGAAGGACUAUUCCUACGUCACUCGGGAUAUAGAUGGCAUCGCUGGGGACAAAGACACGGCCGUUGUUUUUACCUUGGGCCAGCACUUCCGCCCCUUCCCCAUUGAGAUCUUCAUCCGAAGGGCCAUCAAUGUCCGCCGAGCCGUCCAGCGCUUACUCCUGAGGAGCCCGGGCACCAAGGUCCUCAUCAAGGGAGAGAACACCCGGGACUUCGACAUGGACCAGGAGAGAUUUAGCAACCUCCAUGGCUACGCCCAGAACCUUGCCAUGAAACACAUUUUUCGGGAUCUUGACGUAGCUUUUGUGGAUGCGUGGGACAUGACUGUUGCUUACGCCACAAACAACGUCCACCCACCUGAUAAUGUGGUCUGGAAUGAAAUUAUAAUGUUUUUAAAUUAUAUAUGUCCGGACAUUAACACAAAGUGAAUACUGUAGUUGAA